AUGGCAGACAGGCCUCUGACGCGAGUUUGGAAGCAGCCUGACCUUGAAUCGUCGUACUACCAUAAUACGGAGGUCGCCAGCACCAGCAGCACGGACGAAAAUAGCGACCACUGGCAACCCCAGACCCCAAGUCAACCAAAAUCUUCUAGCAAGCAAGAUAAACGAUACAGUUUUAGCACGGUGACCGUCAUGCCCAAAAGGCGUUUGGAAGGGCCAGCAUCUGGGAACUCUAGCUCUUUGGCCGGAGACGAGACUCUGUCCUCGCCAUCAGUCACCGUGUCCCGUCUGCCGCCCAGCCCCCCUAAGGACGUAAACAAAUCUAUUCGUCUGAAAGUUAAAAUGCCCUCGAGCAAGCUCAAAGAGGUUACUGGUGGUCCUGAUAAACGGCAUCACAAUAUUUUUACAGAAUCGGUGAUUAUGACCGGGCCUAGGAAUAGUCGAUCGAAGAAGACGCUAGUGGAAGUGGAUACAGAUGAGGAUGAGGAUGUUGACGAAUCGAUGAAUGAAGAUGAUGAGGAAGAGUCGCAUAUGUCUGAUGCGGAUGGGACGGAUGAUGAAGGAAACGGAAAUGAGAGUGAGGAUGCCGAUCUCGAUGUCGACGUCGAUGCAGAUGCUGAGACUGAUGCCGAUGCCGAUGUUGAUAUGGAUGAUAUACCGCCAAUUGCCCCAGGCGCCAAACAGGCGGCGUCACGGCCGAUUGUUACAGUUACGCCCGCCGGGGGUAGCAGGCUGAAGAAUAUGGACACGAAUAUGGACCUUGAUGGCGACGACGAAGACGACGACGAAGAACUUUCGGAGUUAGAUUCCGAUGCUGAUGCCGAUGGGGAACCGGAUGAAACGGCCAUGGCGGAUGAAGCUUCAGAGAUUGUAGAAGAGGAAGAGAUAGAGGACGACGAGGACGAGGAAGAAGAAGAGUUAGAAAGUGACAGCGGCACUCCUAUUACUGGCAGUCGAGCAAGUACUCCCGACGUAACAAAAAUGACUAAACGACAGAGAGGCCGUAUGGAGCUUGGGGGUGACUUCUUACAGUUGCCAAUGGAACCGCAGGUGAAGAGACACCUGACUGCAGAAGAGCAUGCUAUGCGGCGAGCUGAAAUGGCACGACGACGGAAAAAUCUCAGCGAGAAGCGCAAUGAAGAAGAAAAGAUGGAUACAAUCAACAAAUUACUCAAGAAACAGGCCCCCAAACGACGGGGCAAGAUCUCGGCAGCCGAACCAGCAGCUGGAGACACAACCCCUGGAACCCAAGAGUUACAGGAGCCUGAAAAACCUGACCCAAUUAUGAUACGCUAUGUUUCGAACCGUGAUGGCUGUCGGAUUGGGAUUCCGCAAGAAUGGUUCGGAACCCCUGCCGGGCGGAUCUUUGGAGAUAUGCCCAUGAACGGGAGCUCUGGGCCUAGCCAGGGUCACAAACUUGUGGAAGAAGUCUAA